GUCAUGUAGGCUACAUGUGUAGGCUAAACGUGUUUGACCUCCUUUAAGAUAGAUAGAUAGAUAUUUAAAUACCAGCGUAAAUAUCAAGUACACAGUGUCUGUUGCGCGAGAGUGCAUCCCACAUCUCCAGUGGAGGUGCGCGCCCAACCCCUAGCCUACUUGUCAUUUGAAGCGUACCACAUUGUAUAAAUAGUAAGAAGCGGCAACUCUUUCAGAACAGAGUUGGAGAAAAAAAGAAGUGGAGGGGGAGGAGAACGAGUCCAGUGACACCGUGAAAUUGUAUUAAACAUGCCAUUCCUCCCUCUGUGCACUUUCACGCUGUCUAAACUUUGCGCUCUCUGGAUGUCUGGUGUUUCUGAAGUUUGAAGCAAGCAAGCAAGCAGGUACCUGAAAGGGAACGUUCUUAGAUAUUAUUAAGGAAGAAGAUUUUCAUCCACAAAUAUCAUCACUUUCCCGAAUGCCUCUUCUGUUUAUCUUCUGCCUGAAGUCUUGGAUAAAGUGAUGCCUAUUUUUAUGUUUGGGAUUUGAGAAAGUGCGACAGAACAACAAACCGUGAAGAGGACAGAGGAGACUAAACAGCCCGGUGUAUCCCCGGAUUCUUAUUUUUUUCUAAAAUGCACUUGUUUGGAUUAUCUGUCUUGUUCGCGUAUUCAGCAUUCCUUUACACAAACCUUGCGAUUGACACAAGUCAAGAUUAUUAUGAUUAUGACCAGGAUCAAGGAGAGGUUACGCAGGAAUACCCGGAGCCUGACAUGGAGGAGAGGUUACGGUCCGUGUCCAGCGUGGAUGAGCUCAUGCGGAUUGUUUACCCGAGCUACUGGACCAUGGUCAAGUGCCGCUCCAAACGGGGUGCUCGCUACCCCCUCAGGGAUCACGUCUCCGCGGAGACACGCUCGGACGAGCCACUCACAUUUGCGGCAGCUUACUUCAACUUUGACAUUCUCAAAAGUAUUGAGACAGAGUGGAGAAAGACCCUGUGCAUGCCACGCGAAGUUUGUUUAGAUGUGGGGAAAGAGUUUGGGGCAGCUACAAACACCUUCUAUAAACCACCCUGCGUGUCUGUCUACAGAUGUGGUGGCUGCUGCAACAGCGAGGAGCACCAGUGCAUGAACAUCAGCACCUCCUACAUCAGCAAGACACUGUUUGAAAUCACAGUGCCGAUUAAACAAGGUACUAAGCCAGUGACCAUCAGCUUUGCCAAUCACACAAUGUGCCGGUGCCUUUCAAAGCUGGAUGUUUACAGACAAGUGCAUUCCAUCAUACGCCGGGCUCUACCAGAAUGUCAUGUGGCCAAUAAAACAUGCCCCAGGAAUCACAGCUGGAACAAUCGCCUGUGCAGAUGUGUGCCACAACAAGGAGCUCCCCUCCACCCCCCUCAUUCUGAGCCCUUUGAGCCAGACAUCUGCGGGCCAGACAAGGAGCUGGACGAAGAGACGUGCCAGUGCGUCUGCAAGAAGCAGCUGCGUCUGGCCGACUGCGGGCCCCACCACUACCUGGACAAGAACACCUGCCAGUGCGCCUGCAAAGCCCCGGCCUCUUCCUGCGGCCCUAAUCAGGCCUUCGACAAGGACACCUGCCAAUGCUCCUGCGCAAAGGUGUGCCCCAAGACCCAGCCUCUGAACCGCACCAAAUGCAUGUGCGAGUGCACAGAGUCGCCCAACAAGUGCUUCCUCAAAGGCAGGAGAUUUCACCAGGGCACGUGCAGCUGCUACAGGCCGCCGUGCGAGGUGCGGAAGAGGAGGUGCGAGGCAGGUUUUUACUUCAGUGAGGAGGUGUGCCGCUGUAUACCCACAUACUGGAGGAGGCUGGACUGAGGCUGAUGCUGUACGCCGCUGUUUCAAUCAGCCAAUCAGACACAGGGACACUGGCAUGUGGGACAGUGCGUGUGGGCCGCAGACUAUCGAAUGGACACUUUUUCAUGUUUGGAAUAUGGAGUGGGUCAACAGAGACUGAACACACAGAUUCAGAUGGCUCCCAUACCAGAGGAGAAGAAACACUAAUGCUAAAGACUUGAGGAUCCCAAGCUCGAGCCAUGGUCUUUUUUUUAUGUUGUCAAUUGAUUUAUUAUUCGUAUGUGUCAGAUAUUGAUUAUAUAAUUUAUUGCCACUAAAUAUUAUUGAAACUUUCUAUGUUCAUAGCAAUGUCAAUCUUUCCAAGAAAAUACACUGUGAUCAAUAUUUUUGUAUCAUGUGAAGACCCUUAAAAUAAAAUCUAAAGUUGUAUUAUAUAUAAAUAUUGUUAACUUAUUUCUAUGCCAGUUUAUCCUAUUGAAAAGUAGUACUGAACUGUAAAUAAUGUACCCAUCAUAUUAACAUUGUACUGCAACCUAUAUCCUUUCUUUAAAAAAAACACUACCUGGAUGUUUGUAUUUUUUGGCCAUUGUCACCCAAAUUAGAAUGUAUGUUCUGAUAUUCAUGCAUUGGACUCAGAAUGGAAGUGUGGAGAAGUGGUAGUUUGGCUUGGGGACAAAUGCUUGGCUCAACCCCAAGCUCUGUGUGCCCUGCAGGAAAGCAGCAAACCCAUCAUCACUCUUCACAGCGUGGCAGAACUAUGAUAUAAAGUUUUCAGGACUUUUGAAAUACUUGGCAUCCUCUGCUUUCAGACAAGCCCUGAACACAGGCCCACCACAGCACUGUCUUGCUGUCCAAACCCUUCUGGUCUGGAGGCUCUGAAAACAAGUGAUGGCUGAAACAGACGAAGCCCCCGAGCCAGACUGUGAAGCUUCAUGUGAAAACCGGCGUGACUAUGACAUCCUUCUUUACCACAUAAAAAAAAAACUCCAUUGGUCAGAACAUAACCAGCAGAAAUACACGUGCAUGGAACAUAGCCUGCCAGGUCGCUCAAGGAGUGCAGAAGGGAGGGGGCAGGACAGCCAUGACUGAAGAGGAACAGGAGCUCUGGGGAGGGGGGGGGGGGGGGAGCGGACUCUAGGCCUGGGCUUAUGUCUGUUGGAGGGCUGGCAGAGAGAUGUUAUGGGGGGCCGUGAAGGCUUGGCUCAGGCACGUGGCGUGGCCCUGGAUGAAGAAAGAGAAAGAGAGUAAAGAGAGCACAGAUGGCGCUGAAUGGAUGCGUCAAUAAGAGUGAUGUAACUGCCACGGUCCUGUCCGACACUCACAGGCCAUUCUGGCGAACGCACUGUAAACAGAAUAAAUCACCUCUGUUUCCCA